CUAACCUUGGCUCGACGUCAGAGCCUGUGCAGCAGUGCAGUAUAAUGGGAGCGCAAGCAACCCAGAGCGCCUCAUAGGGGGCUGCAUAUCGCUGCCGUAUCCUCUGCUCGGCGCUCUCUCGCCCCUCAUCCGCGAAACCCCCCCACUCUCCUCCGUACCUCACCUAACCAGCCCAUGCUCGGGCUCCCUCCCUCCCCCCUCCUCACCCGCUGGAUCCGUAUACCCUUCGACAUGGAAGUCCCGCCGUCCCUCGACCCCGCGGAUUGCUGUUUCUUGGCGCAGUGAGAAGAGAACGACGGAGAACGUGGGGAUAAAAGAAAAAAAGACAGAGGGAGAAAAAAGGAAACCAUGCCGGGACUGCUAAUGGAUUUGAGGAAAGUGACCAUGCCGUGAUCUUGCUCGUCCAAGGGCCGUCGCCGUCACCCUGCCUUGCCCAAGAAACCGUAACAGAAAAUUUACGGAGGGUGCGGGAACCGAAACCGCGUACCAGGGGGGAUUAACCACUGUGCAUUUUUUAAAUUUUUUUAAAUGUUUUUUUGGAAACAACAUGAAGAUUACCUCCCAUCAUCUGAUGAUAAGCAGUCUCGUUUUCAGGUCCAACCUCAGGCUGAUCCCGCUUCUGCUGCUGUUUCUUGGUUACUCUCGCGGGAUGCCACACGUUUUAAGAUUUGGAGGAAUAUUCGAAUCCAUUGAGAGUGGGCCCUCCGGAGCAGAGGAACUAGCCUUUAAAUUUGCCUUGAACACAAUCAACAGGAACCGCACAUUGCUCCCCAACACCACGCUGACCUAUGACAUCCAGAGAAUAAACAUCUUUGACAGCUUUGAGGCCUCCCGGAAAGCAUGUGACCAGCUUUCCCUCGGAGUGGCGGCCAUUUUUGGCCCCUCACACAGCUCGUCAGCGAAUGCAGUCCAGUCCAUCUGCAACGCUCUGGGAGUGCCCCACAUUCAGACCAAGUGGAAGCAUCAAGUGUCAGACAACAGGGACUCGUACUAUGUCAGCCUGUUCCCCGACUUCUCCUCCCUCAGUAGAGCCAUCCUUGACCUGGUGCACUUCUUCAAAUGGAGAACGGUCACCGUGGUCUACGACGACAGCACAGGUACAGGUCUCAUUCGACUGCAGGAGCUGAUCAAGGCGCCAUCACGAUACAACAUUCGUUUGAAGAUCCGACAGCUGCCCACGGAGACCAAGGACGCCAAGCCACUUCUGAAGGAGAUGAAGAAGGCGAAGGAGUUCCACGUCAUCUUUGAUUGUGGACACGAGAUGGCUGCCUGGAUCCUGAAGCAGGCUCUGGCCAUGGGGAUGAUGACUGAGUACUACCAUUAUAUUUUUACUACCCUGGACCUUUUCGCCCUCGACAUGGAACCGUACCGCUACAGUGGAGUCAACAUGACCGGGUUCCGCAUCCUCAACACAGAAAACUCUCAGGUGUCGUCAAUCAUCGAGAAGUGGUCAAUGGAGCGGUUACAAGCCCCACCCAAACCGGACUCAGGCCUGCUGGAUGGAUUCAUGACAACGGAUGCGGCGCUGAUGUAUGACGCCGUGCAUGUGGUGGCGGUGGCAGUGCAGCAGUCGCAGCAGAUCACCGUCAGCUCUCUGCAGUGCAACCGCCACAAGCCGUGGCGCUUUGGAGGACGUUUCAUCAACCUCAUCAAAGAGGCUCACUGGGAUGGUUUGACAGGACGCGUUCUCUUUAACAAGACCAAUGGACUGAGGACAGAUUUUGACCUAGAUGUCAUCAGUCUGAAGGAGGAGGGACUGGAAAAGAUUGGAACAUGGGAUCCUCCCAGUGGUCUGAAUAUGACAGAGACUCACAAAAGCAAAACAUCCAACAUCACCGACUCUCUGGCUAACAAAUCCCUGCGUGUAUCCACCAUUCUGGAGGAGCCCUAUGUGAUGUUUAAGAAGUCGGACAAGCCUCUGUAUGGGAAUGACCGCUUUGAGGGCUACUGUAUCGACCUGCUGAGGGAGCUGUCCGGCAUCCUGGGGUUCCGCUAUGAGGUGCGAUUAGUGGAAGAUGGGAGGUAUGGAGCGCUGGAUGACAGCACAGGCCAGUGGAACGGCAUGGUGCGGGAGCUCAUGGACCAUAAAGCCGACCUCGCAGUCGCCCCUCUGGCCAUCACCUACGUCAGAGAAAAGGUCAUCGACUUCUCCAAGCCCUUCAUGACGCUGGGGAUAAGUAUCCUGUACCGCAAGCCCAACGGCACCAACCCCGGGGUCUUCUCCUUCUUGAACCCCCUCUCGCCCGAUAUCUGGAUGUAUAUUCUGCUGGCUUGCUUGGGUGUCAGUUGUGUGCUGUUUGUCAUAGCCAGGUUUAGCCCUUAUGAGUGGUACAACCCGCAUCCGUGCAACCCAGACUCAGAUGUAGUGGAAAACAAUUUUACCCUGCUCAAUAGUUUCUGGUUUGGAGUUGGGGCUCUCAUGCAGCAAGGCUCAGAGCUAAUGCCCAAAGCCCUGUCGACUCGAAUAGUGGGAGGCAUCUGGUGGUUCUUUACCCUCAUCAUCAUUUCUUCGUACACGGCCAACUUGGCUGCUUUCCUCACUGUGGAGAGGAUGGAGUCACCUAUAGACUCGGCUGAUGAUCUCGCCAAGCAAACUAAGAUCCUGUAUGGAGUCGUGGAGGACGGAGCCACCAUGACAUUCUUUAAGAAGACAAAAAUCUCCACCUAUGACAAGAUGUGGGAGUUUAUGAACAGCAGGAGGCAGUCUGUGAUGGUGAAGAACGUGGACGAAGGCAUCCAACGCGUCCUGACCUCAGACUACGCCUUCCUCAUGGAGUCCACCACCAUUGAGUUUGUCACCCAGCGCAACUGCAACCUCACACAAAUCGGAGGCCUCAUAGAUUCCAAAGCCUACGGAGUGGGAACACCUAUGGGCUCUCCCUACAGAGACAAGAUAACGAUAGCCAUUCUGCAGCUGCAAGAGGAAGGGAAGCUGCACAUGAUGAAGGAAAAGUGGUGGCGAGGCAACGGCUGUCCCGAAGAGGAGAGCAAAGAGGCCAGCGCUCUGGGAGUACAGAACAUCGGUGGGAUCUUCAUUGUGCUGGCUGCAGGACUGGUGCUGUCAGUGUUUGUGGCUGUGGGGGAAGUCCUUUACAAGUCUAAACAGAAUGCACAGCUGGAAAAGCGCUCGUUCUGCAGUGCCAUGAUGGACGAGCUGCGCGUGUCUCUGAAGUGCCAGCGUCGUCUCAAACAAAAGCCUCAGCCGCCCGUCAUCGUGAAGACAGAGGAGGUCAUUAACAUGCACACAUUCAACGACAGGCGACUCCCAGGAAAGGAAACCAUGGCUUGAUCGCCGAACACACCCUGAGCAUCACCCCUCGAUAAAAUCCACGGAGGGGGAGGAUGGGGUCAAAUUGAUGCUGACUUAACUAUUGACUGAGGUUAGCAGUAAAAACAGGAUUCCUUUUGAACCCACUUGCUUAUGUAGACAGAUGUUUCCUGUGGAAAUAUAGAUACCUGAGCAGUGUCACCUCACUGUGGCAUUCACUUUUUGAAGGGAGCUGGAAAAGAAGGACUUAUUGGUUUGGGUUGGUAAACUAUGUAUAUUGAAAGAAGCAGAUUUGUGACAAAACAUUUUUUCUUGGUCCACUCUAGAUGUGGACUUAAACACACAAAUAACACAUGUAUACACAUGUAGAGACACACACACACACACACACACACACACACACACAUACACACUCUCAUCUGACACACUUGACACCUGUGCAGAAGGGAAACUCUAUUGUGACAGUAACACCAGAUGUAGUUUUUCUGUUGAUGUCAAUGCCCUUUUGUCUUACCUCCAUGUGUGUGUGACCCAAUCAGUCCCUUCCCCUCAGUGGCUUGAGUUUCUCUCGAAAUGAUUUGAACAAACACUAAUCUUACACAGACAAAGGGAACAGUAAUCAGUGCCAAAUGGUUUAUUAUGAACUGAUGUAUAAAAGUGAUAUUUAGUUUGGAAUCAUCUAUGCUGACCUUGUCGAAUAUUCAUCAUUUUCUUCUGUAAUGCCUUUCUCGUGCCAAAGUUCUGCCAUUGUAAAGAACUUUCUGCCAUGCCUAUUGCGUUUCAAAGCCGCUACAAAGCAAACAUAUACUGUCAAAGUCUCUAUUCACGUCCGUCCUCACACACAGUCUGCAGUUUUCACUCUGUAUCAGUUGUUGUUUAAAAUGCAGGAUUUCUACAAAAAUGUUUGUUUUUGUACAAGAACAAGAAGUUUUGUAGUACUUUGUAUCAUGGUAGCCCCUCCUGUGGACAAAAAUAUGUAGCAGAUACCAACUCAGCCCUCAAACUCUGACAACUGGUGGCUAUGGGGCUUCAAAAACUCUGCUGUGUAGGGUUCAUCUCUCUCAUUAGUCAGAAAUUCUGUCUUUUGUCUGCUGGUCUCGUGGCGCCGGCUGUACAUACUGUCUGGGGACAAUGCAGUGGAUUUUUGGCGAGUAAUAGCACUGAAACUGUAAACAAAGUGAUGCUUAAAUCAGACAUAGUGGUGACUCAUUACAAAAAAAAUGCAACUGUUCUCAUGUCAGCAAAGUCUCACUGACAAAAAGUAACUAAUGGUAGCUGUGAUGAGUCACCAUGAAAGACAUACUAAAAUAUGUUAAUGCUGCUUGUAUUAAUUGCAGUUAUGUAGCCCUAAUAUACUGCAAAGAUAUAGAUUAUUGACUAGUAUCAAGUCCCAAAGGUGUUAUUUUUUUAAAUAGUGGAGGUAAUUUUAGUCUAAGCUCACACAGAUACUGAUUUUGGGGAUAGAAAAGACUACACUGUAGUAAUUUAUCUAACAUUACUAAAGAAGCUUUAUACUGACCUCUUAGAUUUAGUUUUUCAAGAAUACUGAGUGAGAAAUUUUACAGAUGAAGAAUACGCUUUUCAGUGCUUUCUAGUUGACAAAUGAUGUAAUAUGGACACGCUGUUUCUAAAUUACCUCAAACCUACUUUCACGCUUCUGUUCUGCGUUUCACAUCCAGACCGAUAAAUCUGCAAAUUUAUCAGCCGUUAUCGGCCUGAUUGAUUUAUUGGUCCGGCUACGACGAAUAAUCUGCCGGCACAUGAAGGUUAUCAUGUUCAGCAAAGGGUAUCAGUGCCGUCAGGCUAUAUUUCCAAUGCAAAGCAACUUGCAUCAAAUUGGUAUCAUUAUCUACGAGCACAACAAAAUAAUGCAUAUCCCAAAAAGUCACUCAAUUGAAGAUAAUUAUUUAAACAAGUCUGUUUGCAUUCCAGCCACUGAUAGGUAUUUUUCACUUAUUUUCAGAAAAUAUUACUUUUAGGACUGAAUAAUAGACAAAAAUGACCUCAGUAAUAGAGAAUCUUCAUUGAUGGGCAGCCUGCGAAUGUAAAAGCCUGCAAAUCGGAAUAAUUAGGAGCCUUGAGGCACUUACUGUGUGUUACCAUCGUAAAUGUCUCACCUCAACUCGAAUGCCAGGUGUUGCUUCACUUGUGAUGCCUCAAGUGAACUUGAGGGAACGAUGCUGAUGAUAGUUUGUGGGCUGAGCAUCUCAUUUAUCCACUAAUUGUCUCCAGAUGUGUAUUCUCCUCACAAAGCGACACAACCACGUUAGGCCCCACAACUCCUCUUCUUAUCUGUUAACUUUGUUCCAUGUUGCGAAAUGACAAGCAUACUUGGUAGGUAACUCCAUCACUGCCCCUGUCUUCCUGCACCAACCGUUUGAUCUGCUAGUGGAGGGAUUUCAAAGAUGAAAAAUACUCACAGAAAGGCCAACGCCAGAGAAGAUAGGACUUAAUGACGCAUUUGCAUUUGGUGAAAAUUGACAGGGAAGACACAAUCCUUUAAGUUGCUGGCGUUCUACCAGUGCUGCUUGUCAUUUUCCACAUUGCUAAAUCUAGUGGUGUGAGCUGAAGUGACUGAACACUCGGAAGCAUUCGUCAGAAACGACUCCAAAGGCAUGGCUGUCGAAAACAAAUGUGAGCUCAUGGAAUUUGACAUUGAUGCAAGGUUUUACAAAUAACGUCAUUAAAAAUGUCAUAAUUGUA